AUGGGAGAGAAGCACAUCAUGAUCUGCGCAGCCGGCUUUUGUGGCUGGAUAGCAUCAAACAUGCACCAAUCACGAGUUGUCGCAGGUUACUACUGUGGGCGAGCGAAGUCCGCAAGCGCUCCGAUGCCUCCUGGAAGGCUUCAAUGGUGCCACUUACGAGAGGCGAUCAGCUUCGACCUUGCUUGGGUUGCGGAUCAAUUCACUGGUAAACCCGCUCACUGGAGUCUCAAAUGCACAGCCUGCUUUUGCAAGCUGUGUGUGCCGCACCUUUGCCCAUCCUUGAAGUUGAGCAUCAGUGAGCACAGGCUUCUAUUUGAAGAAGCAAAUGAAAAGCGCGGCGUUGCGUGCUAG